UUGCCACGUAACUACGUCGGACACUAUGACCGCCCGCCAGGGUAACAAACGGUCACAAAGCACAAACGAACGCCCCCUCCUUUACCACACUGACAGUCUGUUGACGACACCAGAGAGAAAAGAUGGCGGCGCCCGCAACAACAGUGCAAACCAUGAACUCACUGACAGAUAAUUUGUUAAAGCCCGUUUACACAAACAGCCAAUGUAGGGACUCUGUUUCAGCAGAUUCGGGAACACUGCAGGACUAUUUAUUGGAUUUCAUGGAAAAAGAAGUCGGCAGCGACUUGAAGUCCCUGAAAAAUGUUGGCGAGCUGCUGGAGAAACUGAGAGAGGAAAACAGCGUCCUGGAGGAACAGGUCAUUACUGACUCCAGCUCGAUGCCUCCUAAAGUGUCUGCAGCUCUGUCUGCUGCUGAGGAGGCCGGCUGCUCCCUGGAAGACUUACUGCAGAGAGAGGCCCUUAUCUCCAACAGACUGCACCAGCACCUACAGGAUGCACAGCCUUGGAUGGAUAAACUCGACCAAACGCUACACAAAGUCAACACAAUAGAGAGACACGUGAAAUACCUACGAUGCCUCCAACAUAUAGAGGAACUCAGCGCUGCAGUCCAGCAGUGUUUGAUGACCAGCAGUGUGUGGGAGGCCAUACGGGCGGUGGACAGCAUGGCUGCACUGGACACUGGACUAAACCAAUCUGGAUGUUCUCACCUCCAGGCGUUCCUCCAAGAGACCCUUCACUUCUGGCACAAGAUCAUCAAAGACCGACUGACCACUGAUUUUGAGAAAGUCUUGAUUCAGCUUCACUGGCCGUUCAUCUCCCCCCCCACCCAGUCCCUGACUCCCACCGCCAACUGUCAGGAGAUCAGCAGCCAGCUGGAGCUGCUCGUCUCCCAGCUGCUCGCCCUGCAGAACUCUGAUGAUCUCAUUUCCCAGAGGGCUUUGGCCUCUUGUCACGGUGUCCCCGCAACCCAGCCUGCUUCUUCAGCCACACCUCCGUCCAAGGCCCUCCCCCUCUGUCUGCCCAUCCAGAUCAUGCUGCUGCCGCUCAUCAAGAGGUUCAGAUACCACUUCUACGGGAACCGACAGACCAACACCCUCAGCAAGCCCGAAUGGUACCUCACUCAGGUUCUGAUGUGGAUCGGGAACAGUUCAACGUUCAUGGAGGAAAGGAUCCAACCUAUCCUAGACCGAGCUGGGGCCACAACCAGUGCCAUGGUGGAGCUGUGUCGAGGCCUGCUGUCUCUGGUCCAGGAGAAGGUGGCCAGCGAUGCUUCCAGGCUGCUGUACGACGAUGCGCUCUUCUGUCACUUGGUGGAGGAGGUGCUGCAGUUUGAGAAGGAGCUGCGGGGGAACCACUCGUACCCAGCCGUGCUGCCUGGUCUGCUGCACCUCCUGCUGGAUGACGCCAUCCUCCAGAAGUGGCUCACUGUGGAAAAGAAGAUGGCAGUGGAGAAGAUGGAUGCCAUGCUGUCUUCAGAGGGAGCUUGGAGCUCUCAGUACAAAGACAUCAGUGAUAUGGACGAGCUAAAGGCUCCCGAUUGUGCAGAGACGUUCAUGACUCUUCUGCAGGUCAUCACUGAGCGGUACCGGUCCCUGCCCUGUCCCUCUGCACAACUCAAGUUUCUGGAGCUCCAGAGGGAACUGGUGGAUGACUUCCGCAUACGACUCACACAGGUGAUGAAGGAAGAGUCUCGCUGCCCGCUGGGGGCCCGAUAUUGUGCCAUCCUUAACGCUGUGAACUACAUUUCCACCAUCCUGGGAGACUGGGGAGACAAUGUGUUCUUCCUGCAGCUGCAACAGGCGGCGGUGUCCCUCGGUGAGGAGGCGGUACUGGGGGGCCUGGGGGUAUUGGAGUUGGGUCGCCUGGCUUCUCUGGAGGGCUCUCUGUUCGAGGGUCUGCUGGCGUUGCUCGACCGGCUGAAAGGAGACAUGAUGGGAAGACUGCUGGAGUGGACCAUGAGAGAAAUCACAGAAAAAGUCCGACCCUACGGACAAGAACGGUGGUUGUCCCUACCACCCCAGCAAGACCAGUCCACCAUGACCCUGUCCAGCUCAGCGUGUCCCAUGAUGCUUUGUGUGAGGGACCGGUUGUUGAAUCUCCAUCAGGUCCUGAGUUUCUCUCUGUUCCAGCUGGCCUGGCAGGGCCUGGCCGAGCGACUGGACAACGUUCUCUAUCAGGAAGUGGUGCUGUCUAAUCAUUUCAGUGAAGGAGGGGCCGCUCAGCUCCAGUUCGACAUGACCAGAAACCUAUUUCCUCUGUUUGGCCACUACUGCAAAAGACCUGAGAACUUCUUUAAGCAUGUGAAGGAGGCGUGCAUCCUCCUGUGUCUCAGCGUGGGCUCUGCCAUUCUGCUGAGGAAUCUCCUGAAGGAGUCAGAGGAGGAGGCGAGGAAUAUGACGGUUGCAGGGGAUCCUCCACCAGAGUCGGCCCUCAAUGAGUUGGGUGUCUACUGUUUGGCCCCUUGUGAUGUCUUAAUCCUCCUCAACCUCAGAGCCUCCUGGCCCGGACAGUAACAACAAUCCCCCCCCUCCCCGGCAAUAUUUGCUUGGCUAAUACUUCUAAUGACACUUUCCCUCAAUGACUUUAAUCUCCUUUGUAAAGAAGAAGGUAAUAUUACUGUUUGGAUAAUAAGUUAAUACUAAAGUCAUUGUACUUUUGUUUAUUGUUUUGCACAAUUCCUUGGGCACACACCUGUACCUGUAACCUCAGUAUACCACAAACAAAUCAUUAUCUGUCAAAAUGAAUUCCAUAAUAAACCCUGCUGACCUGCACGUCUCUA